AUGGCAAGCAAAAAGCGAGAAAUCCAGUUACAGACAGUCGUUAAUAGUCAAAGCCUGUGGGAUGAGAUGUUGCAGAACAAAGGCCUAACAGUGAUAGAUGUUUACCAAGCCUGGUGUGGACCUUGCAAAGCAAUGCAACCUUUAUUCAGAAAACUGAAAAACGAACUGAACGAAGAUGAACUUCUGCAUUUCGUUGUCGCAGAAGCUGACAACAUUGUAACUUUGCAGUCAUUUAGAGAUAAAUGUGAACCUGUUUUUCUCUUUAGUGUUAAUGGCAAAAUUAUUGCCAAGAUCAUUGGUGCAAAUGCCCCACUUGUUAAUCAAAAAAUUAUUAACUUGAUUGAUGAGGAGAGGAAAAUUGAAGCAGGUGAAAUGGUUCGCCCUCAGUAUCAUGAAAUUACGUUUGUGGACUCAGAUGCGGAAGAUGGUGAGGAAUCACCCUAUGAAAGUGCUGAGCAACUAUACAGUAUUGCUAUUAUCAAGCCCGAUGCUGUGAUUGCUAGAAAAUCUUUAGAAAUUAAAAAAAAAAUUCUCGAGGCAGGAUUUGUCAUAGAAAUAGAGGAUAAGAGAGUGUUCACUGAACAGCAAGUAAGGGACUUCUACAGUCGAAUAGCAGACCAGCCUGACUUUGAAGAUUUUGUCCUUUUUAUGACAAAUGGCCUGAGCCACAUUCUAGUGAUAUCUCAAGGAAAUGAAGAACAGCCUGCCUGGGAAGAAACUGAACCCAAUCCCGAGACUGAAACUAAAGUGGAUGAGGAUCAUCACCAUGAGGUGGCCCCACCUACGCUGAGGAAGGAGAAGCGGUACAGUUUACAAGAAUAUCUGGAAAGACAACAUAUAUCUCAGCUCUGUGAUAUUGAAGACGGUAUAGCUAACGUUAAUAAGUUUAUUGAUAUGUUCUUCCCUGAUUUUAAAAGUAUGAAAAACCUCAAAUUAGAAAAGAUCCUGGCAUUACUUCGACCAGAUCUCUUUCAAGAAAAGAAAGAGAAUGUUUUAGGUAUCAUCCAUGAUGAAGGCUUUAAAAUACUGAUGCAGAGACCAAUCGUAUUGUCAGAAGAAGAAGCACAAACACUGUGCAAGGAAUAUGAAAAUGAAGAUUAUUUUGAAAAUCUUAUAAAAAAAAUGACCAGCGGUCCAUCUCUAGCCCUUGUUUUAUUGAGAGACAAUUGUUUACAACACUGGAAAGAGUUAAUUGGGCCCAGCAGUGUUGAAAAAGCCAAGACAUCUCUUCCAGAGAGCUUAUGCGUGCAAUUUGCAGUGGAAGGUUUGCCUAUCAACCAGCUGUAUGGAAGUGAUUCGUUAGAAACUGCUGAAAAGGAAAUACAAUAUUUCUUUCCUCCUCAACAGACUUUAGCACUGAUUAAACCUCAUGUAACACAGGAACAAAGAGAGGAGAUCUUGAAAUAUAUUAAAGAGGCUGGAUUUGAAAUCACACAGAUGAAGGAAAUGCUCCUAAAUGAAGAAGCAGCAGACAAAAUUUACUCAAAAAUAAAAAGAAAAGACUUUUAUAAAGAUGUAUUGGAAGUGUUAUCUGAAGGUCUGUCUUUGGUCAUGAUUCUGACCAAGUGGAAUGCUGUUUCAGACUGGAGACGAUUGAUGGGUCCUGUAGACCCAGAUGAAGCAAAACUACUGUCCCCAGAUUCUAUCCGAGCCCAGUUUGGAACAAGUGUUUUGAAAAAUGCUGUCCAUGGAUCAUCUAAUAUCCAUGAAGCAAUGGAGACCAUCAAUCAAAUGUUUGAAGUGUUGGUUCCCGAGAACCCUGAGGGAAACUAA